AUGGGGCGCGCCGAGGCCUGCGAGCCGCGGGCGGUGGCCCCCCUGGGCACCGCGAGAGGCGCGGGCUCCGCCGAGCCGGCGGGGCAGCGGCCGCCGCCCGCGUGCGCGCGGUCCGGAGGGCGGGGGCGCGGGGCGGGGUCUGGAGGACGCGGGCGCGGGCCCGGAGGGCGGGGACGCGGAGGAGCUGGAUCUGAGGUCGCCUAUGCCCCUUCUGAGGAGCUUGAUCCGGAGGACGGGGACGUGCGGGAGGUCCAGCUCUGGCGCGGGAUCACCGGGCAGAUCUUCACGACCAUCAGGUGCAAGCCGUCCACGACCGUCCUGCAGGCGAAGGAGGCCGUCGAGGCCCUGACGGGGGUUCCCCUCAAGCAGCAGAGGCUCCUGAGCUUCGGGAGCAGGGACGUCCUGACAGACGACGCGCUGGUGUGCACCGAGUGCAUCAGCUCCUGCGGGGGCCUGCAGAUUAUGAUCGACGACCCCCGCCCGAUCGCCUGGGAGGACUCCUCGUCCGAGGAGGACCCCCUGUCCUCGUCCGAGGAUCAGAAGUCGGACGCUGCGGCCGAGGACCGCCAGGGCUCCGGCGGCCCCUCCGCCCGCGAGGCGGAGGGCGGCCCGGAGGCGGGGGCCGGCGGGGCGGGAGCCGCGCGGGCGGCCAGAAGGGGCCCCGCGAAGCUGCAGCACCACCUGGUGCUCCCGCGCGAGCUGCAGAUGCCCGGCUUCGACGUGCUGCGGCGUGACACGGGCGUCUCCCUGCGGCUCCAUGGCCCCGGCAUCCGCGGCGCCGGGCGGCACGAGGAGGAGCCAGCGGCGCGGCGGAUCGAAGAGCAAGAGACGGAGCUCAUCCUCUCCCUGUCCUCCAAGGCCGUCGCGCGGGCCGAGGAGCUCGUCCGCGGCAGGGGCGGGCUCCUCGACCAGCUGCGCCGCUUCUGCGAGCAGCGGCGGCUGCCCGCCCCCGGCGACCUGGAGCUCUGGAGCCUGCCCGGCUACCGCCCGGGCGCAGCGGCCGAGAAGCCCAAGGAGCCCGCCACGUUCACGAUGGUGCAGCUCGAGACCGGGUUUGGCGACCUCCACGAGGGAAAGGAGGCCAAGAAGAAGGCCAAGCCGAAGGCCAAGCCGAAAGCCAAAGCGAAGGCCAAGACCGAGAAGGGCCCUAAGCCGGACGUGGAGUGGAACGAGGAGUUCUUGUUCACGGGCGUCACGAACCCGGGCCUGUGUACCCUCUCGGUGAACGUCCUGGACGCGGAGGGCGACCAGAGCAAGCGCCUCGGCGAGACCACCUUGCCCUUGGGGAUUCUCGGCGCCAGGGCCGGCAUGCAGGACUUCGAGGAGGAGAUCGCUGGCUUUUUCUACAAGACGAAGGUGAAGUUCCAGAUCGACAACUUCGGUUCGUGGGGCAACGGCAAGCCGGAGGAGAACAAACUGUACGUGAUGAUCAAGGGCGCAGUCGGCCUCCCGACCCACGUGGGCUCGUUCAUCAGGAGCAAGGAGACCGACCCCUACCUCCAGCUCGACCUGAAAGGCCCCGACGGGGACGUGCUGCAGUCGAAGAGCACGAAGGGCGACCCGAAGGGCUCCGACCCCCAGUGGGACGAGGAGCUCGUCUUCGAGAACAUCGCUAAUCCUGCGGCCUGCACUCUCGCGGUGGCGGACAUCGUGUGCUACGACUCCGCAUUUGGCGGAGACACGCAGCUGGGCCACACCGAGCUGCCGGUCGGCGGCCUGAGCUGCUCCUCGGAGUACACCGCCUUCGACGGCACGACGCUGGGCGGCACCUGCAAGCUGAACUUCUCCAUGCACACCGGCGGCACGUGGGGCAACAAGGAGCCAGGGCGAGAGCCCGAGGACGCGGCGGGCGGCGCGCCGGCGUGCUGCUCCGUGCAGUGAGAGGCGGCGCGCGCCCGCCUCUCGCGGAGAGGUCGCGCCGAAGGGCGCCGCGAGCCCUUUCGGCGGGCUGCUCGGCGCCCUUCGGCCGUGCGGCGCGGCAGCCCCCCCCCCCUCCGCAGGCCUCCGGCGUCCUGCGCGCUCCGCGGCGCGGGUGCCUCCAGAGCUCUCUCGGCGCCAUCCCCGGGGCCGCGGCCUCUCGUCGCGUUUCGUGGUGCUCCUCCUCCGCAGGCCUCUCUGGCGUCCAGGAGUUUCGGGUGGGCGUUGCACGCGCGGGGGGGGGGGGCGAAAGACAACAUGUCCGCGUCCGCAGCCUCGCGGGCCGGGCCCCCUGGCCGCGACCCCGCGGAUACGUGCGCUUUUUGUUCGCGGCUGCCCCGCGCGGAACGCGCCCGUGCGACCGCGCAUCCGCGGGGUCGCGCCCAUCGAAGCCCAGACCGCGAGGGCGUGGAUGUGGAUGCCCGGACCCCCGACCUCGUGAUUUCUUCACGACGUCGACCCCUAGAGGCCUGAAGCCUUUCCCCAGGACCAGUUUUUCAUCCAGAGUCGUCCGAUGACGGUCCCGAGGCCCCAGCAAGGGCCUCCAGGGGCCGAGCGUGGCGCAGAACCUCC